AUGCAGAUUCAGUGGAACGCCAAGGGAAUGCCUCCUGUCAUAACAAACAAAGGCUUAGUGAAAUCGACUUACGCGGCCCUUGAUUCCCAAGGCAUGCCGCCACACAGUAUCCCCGCCGAGAUGUGGCCAUUGAACCCGCAGACACUGCAAGGUUCAGCCACGGAGGGAACGCCGAUAUUCGCCGCCAGCAUCUUUCGCUUUGCGGAUGAGGAAGGCCUCGGAAUCUGUAUCUGCGCGCAUCAUCAUGUCUUUGAUGCAACUGGUCUAGCUGAGCUUAUUCGCCUUUGGUCGCUGGCUACCACUGGAAUUUUACCCACUGGUUCUUCCAAUGGGCUGGACAGAGUCAAUCAACUCACCAAAGCAUUGAAUGGUAGCCUUGAUGUGGCCUCGGCCCAUUCUGUUGAGGAUCUUGGGGACUCGCAUCCAGAAAUUUCAAGGGUCCCCCCAGCCAUGCCUAGUGAAUUCCCACCUUGUACCUCUAAGCUAUUCAGGAUUUCGAUGGACAAGAUCGAAAAGCUGAAGCAGAGAGUAAGUGGCUCAAUGACAGUUACGCCAACCACUACCAGCAUUGUCACGGCAAUGCUCUGGAUCGUAAUCACCCGGGCCCGUGCAAGAAGAACUCCUGCCCUCGCCAGCAGUACAACCCAACUCGUGUCUGCAGUGAAUUGCCGGCAGCGAGUAGGAUUGGGUUCAGAAAGAGGGAGUGUACCUUAUUUUGGAAACGUGGUACAGUAUGCCAUGGCCGCGCUAUCCAUCACCGAUCUGCAAGUGGUUGACGUUGUGCAUGAAACACUACCCCUGUGCCUGGCGGAAGUCUGCAGGAUCAUAUCUCAUUCCCAGUCUGUUGAUCGGAUCAACUCUGACUCAGUCGCCGAGCUAUGCAGCCUUGUCGCCCGUACAGAGGAUCUCAAAUCCAUUUUUCCUGGAUGGGAUUUAUUCUCAUCCCGGGAUCUUACUGUCACCAGCUAG